AUGUUGAAGAAAGAGAAGGAUGUGGAGCUGGAUAAGAGGAUUGAGGCGCUCCGCAGGAAGAAUGAAGCACUCAUGAAGAGGUACCAGGAGGUAGAGGAAGACAAGAAGAGAGCGGAGAAGGAAGGAAUGGUACUGCAAAGCCCUAAGGGUAAAGCAGGGGACUUAACCAUCACCAUCAACAAGUCUACCAGCGAUCCCCGUGUUGUGAUGACCAAACCAGGCACGGGUGGUUCUCCCACCCCAAAGUGGGUCCAGGAGCUUGGGGAGAGGGAGGCGGAGGGGAACCUGCUGUGCUCUGGGCGGGGCAGGAGGAAGCAGCUACUGGUCACCAUGGCUGGCAACACAAAGGGUAAGAGGGUGGUGAGUGAGAGGCUGGAGAGAAGGCCAGGUCCAGGUCCCCUCAGUCCACUGGAUGUGAAGAGCCCUACAGAGGACAACCAGCACCGUGUGGAAUCAGCAGCAAGAGGAAAACACCAGCAGACUCACACAGCAAAGAGAGAAACAGGACCACAGGAUGAAGUGGGGCAGGGGAAGUGUUUGACAGAGGAGCGUCACUGGCUGUCAGAGUGUGAGCCUUACCACCAGGAGUCUGAGAGGCUAGACCCAGCAGGCGACACAGACCUCACCAUCCCCACGUCUAAAGAGGAGCAGCAGGAGUACUUGUGCUGGAAGAAGGAGCGUGAGCAGAUCGACCGUCAGCAGCUGUGGGGCAAAGACAAGCGGGGUAAAAAUGUUCCAGUGGUCAGCAGUAAAGCCAAGGGCAAGGACCGGCUGACUGGGAGGGCCAGAAGAUGGGAUGCCAGCGAGGAUGGGGAGGAGUUGCAGGCCUCUAAGACUAGUUUGGAGGAAUUCUUAGAAGAGCUUGAUGCUUUGGCUGACCCUGACAUAGAUGACUCCACUGCAGAAACUCCAGAGGUCAAAGAUGGUGACCUCAAAAUGGAGUCUUCGCUAACCCUGGAUGUGGUGAAGACCGAGAAAGUGAGUGGAAGCAUCAGUCCUGGCCUAGACAAGGCCGAGACGGCUCAGGCCCCAGCCGACCCCCUGGAGGACGAGACAUCCAGACAGGGGAAGGCUGAGGCCUCGUCCCCUCAAGCUACAGAGAAGAAGGUCCGCUUCUCAGAGGAGCUCAUCAAGGGGCCCGGGGCCUACGAGAAGCCCAGUACUGGAGCCCAGAACUCUGGCCGCUCAGAAACCAAGGGCACCAGCGCGUUAAAAGUUGCCUCCCCCAUCAAAAACGGACAGAAGUUGGAGGAGCAGAAGCAGUCCCCCGAGGGCGACCAGGAGGAUGCUGGUAAUGCCCUGGACUGGGGGGAUCAGCAGGCUGCAGCUGUCCAGGCACAGAGCUCAUCUGAUGGGCAGAGACAGGGUCAGGAGGGCCCUCCGUUUCUUGAUGCCUCCAAAACAGAAUGUGCUGAAAGCGGCCAUGACGGUGUGCUCAGCCCUGUUCUCCCCAUUUCACACAGUGAUGUCAAAGACCCUGCCCCUCCACAGGAUAAUUCUGUCCAGCCUUUAGAGCAUGCCAAGAGCAAUACAGAGGAGCUGAUUGACUCCAGUCUGUCUGUUCUCAGCCUGGAGUCAGGAGAGACUCACCCAACCCACACCACCAGUACCGAUAAGGUCAGUAUGGACUGA